AUGUCGCUCUCCUACCUGCGCUACUUGCGCACGUCCUCCCCUUCAAUCAUCCAUGCCGCCCCUCUGAGAGCCGGUGUAUGGCGAAAAGUGCCGAUCUGCCUUCGAUCUCUGAGCUCGCUAUCUAAACAGCAGGCGAAACUUGCAGAUAUCGAUCCCUCACGGCUUGAAGUUAUUCGAACGUCAAAACCGAAGGAAAUUCCACCUUCGUCCUCUCUCAAAUUCGGGCACACAUUUACUGACCAUAUGUUGACUAUUCCUUGGACCGUGGAAGCAGGAUGGGGAGCCCCACAAAUCAGGCCCUACGGCCCUCUUGAGCUCGAACCUAGUUCAACCGUCCUCCAUUAUGCUCAGACCAUCUUUGAGGGUAUGAAGGCAUACCAAGAUCCGAACGGGCGCGUGACCCUCUUCCGGCCUGACAUGAACAUGAAGCGCAUGAACACCAGCGCCCACCGCAUUGCCUUACCCAAUUUCGACGGAGAUGCUCUGCUUGAACUUAUCAAGAAACUCAUCUGGAUUGACAAGAGUUGGAUUCCUCGCGAGCCAGGACAUAGUCUAUACGUCCGUCCUACACUUAUUGGAAAUCAACGCGCGAUUGGAGUGGCUCCUCCUAAUGAGGCACUUCUGUUCGUUAUCCUCAGCCCCGUCGGACCAUACUACCCCAACGGCUUCAAACCCGUGUCACUUUAUGGAACCACGGAGUAUGUCAGAGCUUCUCCUGGAGGCACCGGCGCAUUCAAACUUGGAGUGAACUAUGCUCCUGGCAUCCUUCCUCAAAAGCACGCUGCUGGGCAAGGAUACGACCAGAAUCUAUGGCUUCACGGACCAGAACAUUACCUGACAGAGGUUGGCACGAUGAACAUGUUCGUGGUGUUCAACAAGGACGGAGGCUACGAGCUCGUAACACCCCCUCUUGACGGCAUGAUUCUUCCGGGUGUAACGCGCGACUCCGUGCUGACACUCGCGCGCGAACAUGCGUCUGGCGUCAAGACCAUUCCUGGCCUGCCCAAGAACAUCACCGUGUCCGAGCGACCAGUAACGAUGAAGGAGGUCAAGGAAGCGUCCAAGUCCGGCAGGCUUGCGGAACUCUUCGGCGCUGGUACUGCGGCCGUCAUUAGCCCGGUAGACAAGAUUGGGUACCUCGGCGAGGACGUGCAUAUCCCCACAGGAUCGGACGGCAUGGGUCCCAUCUCGCGUCCUAUUUGGACCGAAUUAGUCGGUCGCCAGACAGGCACCAUCCCCAGCGGCUGGAGUAUCGUCGUCGAUUAG